CGAAGAACCAAACAGUUGGGGGAACCGGGAACAACUAGCCAAAUCACCACGGAUAUUGCAUUUUAUUUUAGCAUAAUCAUUUUUGUUCUUAAUUUCACAAUGUCUGACGAGGAAGACGAUUAUAUGUCUGAUGCUUUCCUAAGUCAAAUAAAAGAUGUCAAACCAGGCGUCACCAUGGUGAGGCGGGUAAGGGAAGCAAUGAAAAAAGAAGAAAAACACAAAGAGAUCAACAUUAAAAACCGCCAAAAAACCUUCAAGGAGCAAGAAAGGGAAAGUCGUGAAGCGGCUUUGCAGAGCUCCAUUAGUAAUGAGAAUAAGGGAUUUGCACUUUUACAGAAAAUGGGUUACAAAGCUGGACAAGGCCUUGGAAAGGAAGGGGCGGGCAGAGUUGACCCAAUUCCACUUAAUAUUAAAACUGACAGGGGUGGCAUUGGAAUGGAAGAGGCAAAGAAGAGAAAAGCCGAGGAAGAGCUGGAAGACUAUCGAAAGAAAAUACAGGCUAAACAACAAAACGAGACCAAAUCUCUUCAAGAUUUUAGGUCAAGAGUAAGGACUGAGAGAGAGGAGCGAAAAAUUGAACAAGACCUCAGAAGAAGUAAGCGAGCCUGUGAGCAGUUGGAUUCACAAAAGGGCAUCACAGUCCCAAGGGAGGAAUGGUACUGGCUUAAAGUAGGGAAUGAGGAGGAGACAGAUGAUCUUAAAGAAGAAGAGGUGGACGAGGACGAGAUUGUGGAAUUAACAUCGUUUGAGAAACUGCAAAUACUGACAUCAUAUUUAAGAGGGAUCCAUUUUUACUGCAUAUGGUGUGGAACGACCUAUAAUGAUGAAGAAGACCUAUUCACAAACUGUCCUGGGAAUACAGAAGCAGACCAUGACUGAAUUUAGUCAAUACACAUACUUUUUGUAGCAUAUAUGCAGUAGUUUCAAAGCUGAAAUCUCAUACAUUCUGAAUGUGGCGAUAACAGUAGGCUGUCACAUAAUGUUUACAUGGAAGGAAAUUAUUUCCAUGAUGAUAUUUGCCCUUGUUUGUAUUUUGGAGAUUUUUUUUAAACAGUACUUUAUUUGAAAACUAUAUACAAACUUUUCUUGUAAAUUUCUAGGUAUUUCAAUUGAUGUGUAUAAUUUGAAAUGUAUGUUUCUAAAUGUGUAUUUUUUUUCUGAUUUGUUGAGCCAAAAACUGUUAGGUAUAAAUUUCUAGAACAUUAUAUUAUUAGCACAUGUAGGUGAAAUGAAAGACAAGUUAUAGUACCAAAACUAACUAUAAUGUGUGCUACACAGUCUUUCCCUUUUGCUGUGUUUUUAAGAAGGAUUCAUUAUGAGAUCGAAUCCUUUCAAUUGAGUUGUAUGGUCUCAUCUCUUUGAUACAGUAGGAUUGAUCCUGCGUGCUCAUGUGUUCACAUGCUUCAUUAAUCUGUUUUUUAAACAGGAAAAUGGUACAAAGUUAAAGAGGCUUAGUGUCUAAUAAUGUACAGUCCUUUGAUGUCAUUUUAUCAGACUUGCAAAUUAAUAUGUGUUGUACAUCUCAAGAAUGUCCCCCUUCCAGCUGUUUUAGUUGGUCCUUUUUUUGCCCCUGAAAACAGACAGACUUUCAUUAAUAUAUGGCUGGCUGCUCGUUUGCAGAGUUGUUUGAGUUAUAAAAGCCAUUGUACAAUAAUUCAAUCACAAACCACAGAAAUGACAAACUUAAAGUCGCACACCAUUUGACGCAUUGACAGUGCUAGACGUCCAAUACAUUUGUUUCAUCAUUAGUAUCUAGCAUGUCGUCUAGCCGUCACGCCUCUUGGUUUACAUUCUCCGAAGCCGGGGCAGGGAAAUGACAAAAGCCUGACUGACUACAGUGGCUUAAAAUAUCGUUUGAGAGGUGCGACAGUAAAGGUGAACUCGACAACUUUGAUCAUUAUGGAGUAAUUUUGCCAUGUCGUACUGAAUAAAUGCAUUUUAUUAUUUCAUAUUCCAUUUAGUACAAGACUCUUAUUUGUCAAGACCAUACCAUUUAUUUAGCAAUUGGGGAAAAAAUACUUCGAUAAAAAGAAUAUCCUGUAAAAAUAUUGGAGUAGAGAGACUGAAACAAUGACAUUUUUUGGCUCUCUUUGUUACAUUUUCCUCGUUCUGAAUCUUCCCCUUCAAUGGGCUGGAUUCUAAAUCAAAUGAAAUCGUUACCCUGCCGAUGUCAUCAUCCAGCUGGGGACGCUAGAGCGCUAUAAUGACAGGCGAGGGGCUAAACGGCAGAUUAAAAGACUAAUUUCUCGUCAUCUAUGCUUUGCCAAAUUGUAUAUAGUCGAAUCAUCUCAAAAUAUGAUUCUAAUGCACAUAAUGAUGCUAUGUAAGAUUUUUUUUAUCCUGUCGUACACACUUUAAACUGUAAAUUUUAAAUCUAAACCAUUGGAACGGGGGGGGGGGGUGUCAGCAGCGAAUGAACGAAUGUUCAUUUGCUGCUAGUCCUCACAGUUAAAAUGGAUUGGACGUCAAUGUGUUUAAAUUAGGGCUGUCAAAAUUAUCACGUUAACAGGCGGUAAUUAAUUUUUUGAAUUAAUCACGUUAAAAUAUUUGUCGCAAUUAAUGCACAUGCCCCGCUCAAACAGAUUAAAAUGACAGCACAGUGUAAUGUCCGCUUGUUACUUGUUUUUGGGUAUUUUGUCGCCCUCUGCUGGCGCUUGGGUCCAACUGAUUUUAUGGGUUUCAGCACCAUGAGUGAGCAUUGUGUAAUUAUUGACAUCAACAAUGGCGAGCUACUAGUUUAUUUUUUUUAUUGAAAAUUGUACAAAUUUUAAUAAAACGAAAACAUUAAGAGGGGUUUCAAUAUAAAAUUUCUAUAACUUGUACUAACAUUUAUCUUUUAAGAACUACAAGUCUUUCUAUCCAUGGAUCGCUUCAAGAGAAUGUUAAUAAUGUUAAUGCCAUCUUGUUGAUUUAUUGU